AUGCUAAUGCGAGUGAAGUUCAAUACAAAUUCUGGAACAUCAAUGUCCUGCCCACAUGUUGCUGCAUUGCUCUGUGCUGCUCACCCCAAUUGGUCCCCGGCAGUAGUCAGGUCAGCUCUCAUGACCACCUCCACAGUAACUGACAAUAAAUUUCGUUUGAUUGCUAGAUAUGCAAAUUUGGAGCCAGCAACUGUACUUAGCACCAAAGCUGGACAUGUUAAUCCUCAAUUGGCUUCAGAUCCAAGGCUAAUUUACGACGCAUAUAUAGCAGAUUACACCAUGGUUUUGUGCAGUGAUGCAUAG